AUGGUGAAAAGCAUUUGCAUGCUAGACCAUGUAUCAGGCGGCGGAAUCAGGAUCUCGAACGAACUCAAAAACAAGAAACUUCUUUGGAUGCGGUGUUAUUCCAAAGAUGACGUAUUAGGUCCAAAGAUAAUACCAAUCGGACAACAUUAUGAAAAUCUUUUUGAUAUUAACUUUUGGCAUACAACGCGUUUUAUGUGUACUUUGAGACAAGGUCCUAACUUUAGACACUAUCAGAACUUUACAGCAUUCAAGCUUUUCGCUAUGGCAGAUGAAGGAGGUCUAUGGGAUUGGAGAGCAAGAGAAAAUGGGAUCUAUUUAAAGAAAGAAGCUGGCGAGAAAGUUUUAAACCCAAUUUGGAUGCAUAAAGAGUAUGCUUGGAUUUAUUAA